AUGAACGUGGAUGGAGCUUUUCUGCCUAGCAUUCAAUAUGUAGGUACAUGGGGUGUACUUCGGAAUGCUCAUGGGCAGUUCCUUGCUGCCUUCUCUCAUAGGGUGAAUUUUGUAAGUUCUCCUCUACACUCCGAGCUACUAGCCUUAAAGAAUGGCUUAGAGAUGCUACAAGCUAUGCAAAUAACUAAAGUAGUUGUUGAAAGUGAUUGUCAAGUAGCAGUGCAGGCUGUUAGUAACGAGUUCAGUGAUCUAUCCCCUUUCAGUGCUUUAAUUGCAGAAGUUAAAGGCUUGCUGAGUGAUAGUGAAGAUGUAUGUAUUAGAUUUUCUCCUAGGCAGGCAAAUACAGUAGCCCACAGGCUUGCCAGCUUUAGUUUUGAUUCUAAUGUUCAUCAUGAAUGGUUUGUAAAAGCUCCAGGUUUAAUACUGGAUGCCCUUAUGUACGAUCUUAAUCGUACUUAG